AUGGAUGAUUUCUUAGUUUUAUGGAUGUAUUGGAUUAUAGGGGGAUUCUGGACAGCCUUGCCACCAGAAUUAUACACAAUAUGGGAAGCCUAUCCUUGGAUAUUCGGAGAACCGUUCUGUAUUUUCAAAUCUUUCCUAAUGGAACUAACCGCAUACGCCUCGAUCUUAACGAUUACAGCCUUUACGUGUGAACGCUACGUAGCUAUAGUUCACCCAAUGAGAGGACAGAAAGUGUCGGUGUUAUCACGUGCCGUGAAAGUGAUAGUGUUUAUAUGGAUAGUAUCCGGAUUGUGUGCGCUUCCUUACCCUAUACACACUCGGAUAUAUCAUUUUGUGACUGACCCUCGUAAUGGGCAACCCAUCCGUGAUUCGUUACUGUGUAACAUACCCUAUGAAUGGGUACAGAAGAUGACGUACAUGUUUCAGAUUUCCACCUUUGUGUUUUUUGUGAUACCAAUGACUGUGAUAACCGUGAUGUAUAUUCUAAUCGGGAUGAAAUUACAUCAGAAAGAAAAAAUAACCUCCAAUGUGAACAAUCCAUUGGUGGGAAAAACUGCGGCUGCUCGAGCGAGAAAAGCAGUUUUGAAAAUGUUAGGUGGGUACAAUAGUAUUUUUUCAAAGCAUUUAGAUUCGUAUUUCUUGUAUUAUUUCUCAUCAAUGUAA